GCCCCUCCCGCCGCCGCCCGGGCGCAGCCGGCGCAGGGAGCGGAGCGCUGGGGCACGGGAGGGCGGCUCGGGCGGCUCCGCCAUGGUGGGGCGGCUCAGCCUGCGGGAGGUGCCCGACCUCCCGGACAUGAGGAAACGGGGCGACGCGGGGCUCGACAGCCCCGACUCCGGGCUGCCCCCCAGCCCCGGGCCCGCCCCCCCGCCCUGGCUCCUCUCCUCGGGCAGCCCCGACCGCGCCGCGACCAACGGGCUGCCGGAGCCCGACCCGCCCGCCGCCGCGAAUUCCGUGUUCUCUCCCAGCCCUGUUCUCUCCAGCUGUCCUCCGAGAUUGUGUCCUUUAUCCUUUGGCGAAGGAGUUGAGUUUGAUCCUUUACCACCAAAGGAAAUAAGGUACACAUCCUCGGUUAAAUACGACUCGGAGAAGCACUUCAUCGAUGACAUCUACAUGCCGGUGGGCUUAAGUGUUUCUUCUUGCAGUCAGACGGUCAUCUGCGUCCCAAACUGCACGUGGCGCAACUACAAAGUGGAGGUCCACUUCGAGCCCCGCAACAAGCCGCAGCGUUUCACCAGCACCACCAUUGUCUACCCGAAGCACGCCAAGACUGUGUACACCACCACGCUGGAUUACAACUGUCGUAAGACCAUGCGGCGGUUCCUCUCCAGCAUAGAGCUGGAAACUUCGGAGUACCUUGGGAACGACUGUGUCCUGGAUGGUUGCUGACUGAUGGCCGUCUCUCUUGCUCUGAUCCAUCCCAGUCCCGUCUAACGCACCGUGCUAACUCUCCACUAGCUAAAGCGGGUACAGACCCUAACUUUCUGGUCAGGCUAAGGGAACCUUACCUGUCACCAGCUCUUUCUCAGCUCUUAAUUCCUGCUUUAAGCAUCAGAAUGGCCUGAACGCGGUUUUCUGUGAGAAUGUAACUUAGUAAGGAACUUGUUUCUUCGCCUUUAAAGUCCUGAGUUCCCUCCCUUUCCCCGCAGUGCAGUAAUCAGCUGAAAAUAAGGGGAAGUAUUUUCCCAGGGAAAAAAUUGACAGGUAAGAAAGUAUGUGGAAUAGUGCCUGGCAGGUGGAUAUCCAUUUGAUGCUUUGUGGUGAUGUGCAAAAAUAAGGGCAGUUCACUCUCUUGCAGAGAACUUAUCAGGUUGUUUGGUUACAGAUAGCCAGAGCUGUCAUUCAUUUCCGUUUAGAUCGCGAGACUGUUUUCUCUGGAAUAACCAUCUCCUGGAAAUUGCUAGAAAAAGGCUAACAGAGGAAAAUCUGGAAUUCUGCAUUUAACAGAUACAAAAAUGUUAUUCUAUGGCCUUUAUGUCUGGUUUGAAGGUGUGAGUUGGAAAGAAGAGGAAUUCUGAGUAAGGCAGGAGAUAGAUAAACUGCUUUUGCAGCUCUAGGCAGCAGAGAAAGGAUCAGGUAAUUCAAGUUCUUUAGAUGAAUGGCGUGAUGUAUCUUCUGUACUUAGAAUGACUUCUACAGCGCUGUAGUCUGUGUAACACGCUAGCAUUUGUGUACGUGUAGUAGGACUCGUAAUGAAGAGUAUCAGGCCAAAAAUUAUCCCUGUAUUGUUGGAAGGUCAGGUCUUAAUAGUGUGUGCUGGAAAAACACCAGUGCCUAGUUUUUACCGACGUCGUACUGUGUGCGCUAAGGGAAUUGUAACUAGGAAAGCUCCAGAAAAUGUGCUGUGUGUACAGGGACCUGGAGUGGAGGAGGAGAUGCUGGGAUCAGGUGUGGGAUGCUGGCGUGGUGGGGGUUGUGAAGAGGUGGUUGGUAGCAAAGGACAGGCAAAUUUUUAUUGCGUAGCAAAAUCCACAGCUGUCGCUCUGCUUCCUUGUUGAGGUUCUCAUUGCAAAGGUCCGUGUCCUCUCUGGGCUUUGGUAUUCAGGGUGGCACUGGGAUGGGGUAACAUCUGCCUGUCUGUAGGCUGCUGAAUAACCCCUCCAGUCCCAAGUGCACGAUGAGUUUGGGGACCAAAGGGAAUAACUAUGAACAGCCACCGGGACGUUACGUGAAUUAGUUUAUCAUGCGCCUUGAUGAAAAUAAGACGGAGAGGUUUCUUUCUUUACCCAGAUGGUUUUCUAUAUUGACAGAGAGCGUUGUAUUGUGGAGAGCAUCCGCUUUUGGGAGCGUGGCUAGCGUGGUGUCGCAGCUCAGAAACACUUGGUAGACUUGACUUAGGUAGACUUGACUUAGCUGGACACAGCUUUUCCAUGUAUUCCAAAACUCCUCUGAGGUGCAGGUCACCUUCUGGUGCAAUGUCAGCCCUAGACCUGCUUUUAAAGAGGACUUUGCUAGAGCAUAGCCCCACAGUGAAUUUUGUCAGUGGUGAGUUAGAAAUUUGGGAGCCUGUUCUUGAGCUGUACUUAACGCGUGUUUGUGCAAGUGUGAUGAAUGGUGUGGAAGUGUACUCUGGUGUGAACUGAAAUGAUUUGGGAGACUAAAAACGCAGCGGGAAGGAAAGCUUGAGUCUGUGUGGUUUGGGUUUGUUGUUGUUGUUGUUUUGGUUUGGUUUUUUACUUAUUUAUUAGCUCAGAACAGAAUGUCCUUAAUCUUUGGUAUUUGCCUCAGCAAACCAGAUCCCAAAACCAGGGUGACAGAGGAUGCCAAAGUCAGGUAGGCAUUGCUCCAGAGUUGUUAAGAGCAGCACAGUCUUCUCAAUAAACAUGUUGGUUUCAGACUACAGUAUUUAGGAGAUGUGUCUUAAAUACGUGUCGCGAUUCCCCCCUAAACGUUGCCCCAAGAUAUACUUGUUGCGUAACAGAAGGCACAACGCAGCCCCUAGGUGCGUGGGAUUUCAAACGGACAGAACUCUUCUUCGGGAAAGCUAUCGCAUCAUGGCUCGCUUCACAGUUUCAUGUACCUUGCUCCUGAAACAUCUGGUGCUGGCCACUGUUGGACACAGGACGCUGGAAGAACACGGAUUGCUCCGACAAUGCUCUUCCAAUGAAUUAAAUUGCAGGAGAUCUAAGAGAAGAUUAUUUUAAGUUGUAAUCAUUAAUUGUCCCUAGUUAAACUAGAAAUUAAAUAACCCUUACACUACAGUUUUAGCAUAAAGCACCUGAUUUUUAUAAAGCAAACAAACUGAAUCAUGUACCUCUUGAAAAUAUUUUAAUUGGUAGAGAUACCUUUUAAAUUAUUUAUGCUCCAACAUUUGCAAAGCUCUGAUUAGCUCUGUGCAAGUGUUCUGAUGUCUGUGACGUUUCCCACCUCCCCUCUUCUAAUUUUCAAUUUGUCUUUUACUUUAUUGGUAAUAAAUGAUCUGAAAACCA